UGUUGGCCAAGACAUCUAAAUAGGAAACUGCCUACACUCAAAGAGCCACGAUGACUUAGGGGGUUUUUGUUCAGUAUAAGUUUAGAAAUCUCGGGGGGAAAGACGUACAUAAGACUCCAACAAACCCAGCGCAUGUUAUUUUCACGGAUCGUGCUUAUUUUCUGGUUUCGUUUUUACGGCACUGCUCGGAAAAGGUCGGAGUUGAAGUGCACCUUGUAACCUUGGCGACAAGAGAUACAAUAUGGCGUGUUGAGAACUGCUAAGGGGUCAAUCCAACGUGGUAUUUCUUCGUUUUGGAAGUUAGAUUGUUAUUAUUGCAUGUGGAUAAUGGUUUCAUAAACCAUGUCAUCCAAGGAUGAACAUGUCCACCCAACUGACACAUUGGUAAUGCACAGAUCUGCAACCCACCCCUGUAUAUUGGAAAAUGAAAGCAGGUUAUAAAAUAAUUUCUAAAAUAGGUGAGGGGACAUUUUCUGAUGUCAUGAAGAUACAGAGUUAUAAGGAUGGAAACUAUUAUGCAUGUAAGAAAAUGAAACAACGAUUUGAAAGUGCUGAGCAAGUUAACAGUCUGCGAGAAGUCCAGGCUCUAAGAAGAUUGAGCCCACAUCCAAAUAUUCUCCGGUUACAUGAAGUUAUCUUUGACAAAACCACAUGCUCUCUUGCACUAAUAUGUGAACUCAUGGACAAAAACAUUUAUGAAUUGAUACGCGGGAGGAGGCACCCUUUGCCAGAAAAGAAAAUAAAGAACUACAUGUUUCAGUUAUGCAAGUCCCUGGAUCACAUGCAUAGAAAUGGGAUCUUCCAUCGAGAUGUUAAACCAGAAAAUAUCUUAAUAAAGAAUGACGUCUUGAAGUUAGCUGAUUUUGGUUCCUGUAGAAGUGUGUAUUCCAAGCAACCAUUCACAGAAUAUAUCUCUACUCGUUGGUACCGCGCUCCAGAGUGUCUUCUGACAGAUGGCUUUUAUGGUUACAAAAUGGAUGUGUGGAGUGCUGGCUGUGUUUUGUUUGAAAUAACAAGCUUUCAACCCCUCUUUCCUGGACUAAAUGAAGUGGACCAGAUUUCGAAAAUCCAUGAUAUACUGGGUACACCAGAUUCAAAAACUCUCAGCAAGUUCAAACAAUCAAGAGCUGUGAGCUUUGACUUCCCUUUCAAGAAGGGCUCUGGAAUACCACAAAUUUCACCCUCCUUUUCUGAGGAAAGCCUAUCAGUUCUCUAUGCUAUGCUUGAGUAUGACCCUGACAUGAGAAUCACAGCCAGGGAUGCUAUGCAGCAUCCUUACUUUGCAGAUUUUAGGGUAGGUGAGAAGCAAAACAUAGCAGUACGCUCUCUGGGCAGAGGAAUGGAAGGAACCAACAAGUUUGGAACCUCAGGAUCAAUGGACAGUUUGUGGAAAACUGCAAGACAAGGGAGACGACAGUACCACUUAAAGCAUCUCCAGGAACCAUUAAAGAGAUACCAUGGCCCAUCCUACCCAGUAGAAUUGCCAACACUUACAGUCCCUGGAGCUUCCAAGAUGGCAUCAUACCCAAGUCCUACCUUUCAGCCUGUUUUUCCUACAUUAGCAUCCACUGGAGCACUUCCUAUAUUUCAAACAAUGAAAUACAUUGAGAAAACCAAUAAGCCUGAAAACCAACAAUAUCUUCAGCCUAUAAUGAAACAGUAUCAUUUGCCUUCGAUCGAUAGAAAAAAUGGUAGAUAAAAAAAUGAAGUACAUGUUUUAGCCCAGUUAUUCAAAAUCAAAUGAAUACAUUUUUGCUACAGUAUGGAUGUGUUAUUAUUAGAAGCUGUUCCAUCGUGCAGAAGAAUAAAGCCCUGAUGACACCCCAGCCAGCUGAGGCUUGAAUAGCAACCUGGACACUGGUGGAGCUGGCCAAGAAAGGUUAAGAGUGAGUGCCUGAUGUCUGGCUUGUGCAUUCCCAAGGCAGAGGAGCUGGUUAUGUCCUGUUGCAGGAGCACCCUGUGAAGGAAGGCCCAAACAUAUACUUCAUGGAGGCAGGAACUGAGACUGUACCCGUCAAGGAGUGUUUAUACUGAAGCUGAAUAUCACAGGGGAGUACGCAGUGGUAGCAUGCACACACACUGGGUAGAUUAGAGAGCAUUGCAUCUUGCUUGCCAGCCAGUGGGGGUGAACUAUUAGAGUAUUGCCAAAAGAAAAUCCUUCUGCUGGAUGAAAGCCUCAAAUCCUGUCCUUUAUCCUCCCCUCCCUACAUCUUCCAACACCAGAAGAAGGAAUAAUGAAGCAAUAUAUGGGUAAUAAAGCUCACUUGUUUUGAGGUACAGGAGGCCUAAACUAAGAUACAAAAGAGUAUUGUUAUUAGCUACCCAUAAAUGUUGCAGCCAUACUGUAGCAGCAAUGAAAUGUAAUCACACCCCAAAGCAGCAAACAUCCUUUACCUGCAGUACAAAUGCAGGUGGGAGGAGAAAGAAGAAGAAAGAGGAGGGGGAUAUCCUGGGUCAUGCUCUGUGGGUUUAUUUUAUAAAUGAGACCUAUAUUUAAAAUCCACGGCCAUAUAUUUAAUCAGAUUAUAUAGUGCAAAAAAUUGCUAGAUUGUGGCUGUUUUUAUUACAUAUCAGUAGUAUGUUGCAAGAUUUCCAGCUAAUGUCUUCAUCCAGCUAAAAUUUUGCAAUAUUCAUCACUAAUGACCUAUAGUGCAAUAACUUCAUAUACUGUAAACUAAUAAUUUUUUCCAGAUUGUUUUUAAAAUAUACAGCUUGCUAACAAUAUAAGUAUACAGAAACAGAUGCCAGAGAUCACUUUCUUCUCACCUGUGUCUAUACCACAGGUAAACACAUGCUACCAAGAAUCAGCAACAGCCAACCAAGUAUAACAUGGCUCCCUAUUGUAAUAUCGACACCCAAAGUAUCAAGUGCAGAAAUACAGAAAAAAAAAUCAGACAUUACUCUUUUCCUUCAGACAUCUUUUUUUGCAAGGGGGUAAGUCCUAUACCAACUCUGAGACUGCCAGACCUCAGAGAAAAGGAAAUAUUACUAGAAAUGGCAGUGUAGGCCUUAAUAUCUACAAGUCCAAAUUUUUGGCCAUUCAGUCUCCAUAAUUUCAGCACUCGGUGUUUCAGGUGCUGACAUUUCGAACAGUUACCCAUAAUAACACAAAGUGACCUCUUCUUCUUGACACUGAAGAUUGGUUCUGUUUAUUAUGAUCUUUGAACAAACAGUGAAUAUUUUACAACUGGUUUUCUGUCAUAAUAGUGUUUUUUUAAUGUCAAACAUUUCUUAUUACUUGUAUGAAAAUGCCACAACCAAGGGUGCUGAACUAAAAUGACCCAUCUUACUUUGUGUUCUGUGAUGCUGGAAUACUGUGGAAAUUGUGUUAUAUGAUUCUGGAAUACUGUGGAAAUUCAGUAAGUGCCUCAAUCCUAUCUGGACAUUAAUAUGUAUUUCCCAGAGUGACUGAGGCUGAAAUAAUACAUUAGGUUUUUGCUUUGUGAUGGGUUUUGAUAAACCAUUUGUUGGAAAACAUUGAGCACUUUAUGUAUGAAAUGUUAUACAGUCCAUCAUUUCUUUCUUAUGCACGUCUUCCGGAAGAUACAAAAACUGUGUAUUAGCCACCUGUUUCCACAAACUAGGCUACUAGGCUUAAUGCUAAAUAGAAAACAGUAUGUUAGAAAUGCAUUUUUAUAACUAACUUUAAUGAAAGUUACUGUGGAGUUAUAUGUAUUCUCUUGUAUAUUCUGCAAUGUUUGCCACUAUCCAUUUGUAAAAAAAAAAAAAAAAAAAAAAAAAAAACAUGGUAACUACUCUGGCUCACUGAGAUGUAAUACAAAAUGUUUUCUCAUUUUUGCAUUUUGUUGAUUGACAUUGUAGUCUGGGGUAGAUCUUCAGAUUACUCUCAAGAUUAUCACAGCCCAUACCAUCUCAAGUACAAUAUAUUCAUGUUAUUUGUAAGUCUUAAAUAUUAUGUAAUAAGCUUCAUCUUUUUUACUUACAUGUACUUCUUAAUUUAACUGGAAGCCUUUCUGAAAGUAUGUGAACACAUUUUCAGAUUUAUGUUGUCUAUUAUCUUGACACAUGAUAUCAAAUUGCUGUUUAUGUGAAAACACUGGCAUUAUUUAAUUGCUUGUAAAAAGCAUACAUUCAUAAAAUAGUCUGCUUUGUAAAGAUUUGUUUUAACCUACAAAUUAAAUACGUGUCUGUGUUCAGUAUACAGAAAGCAUUUAAAAUUCUGAUAUAUUUUGCUGGACUAACAUAUUUGUGUUAAAAUGAUUUAAUUUACUGGCAAAUCCAUUUCA